GCGCCCCGCCUUCUCCGAGCCCGCCCCCGCCUCCAUCUUGCGAGAAUCCGGGCUGGUUGUGGCGCGGCUGCCCCGGAGUCGGAAUGUCACACCCAGGCUAUCCCCCCACUGGCUACCCACCUUUCCCUGGAUAUCCUCCUGCAGGUCAGGAGUCAUCUUUCCCCCCUCCGGGUCAGUAUCCUUAUCCUAGUGGCUUUCCUCCUCUGGGAGGAGGUGCCUACCCAUCAGCACCAAGUAGCAGCUACCCCGGAGCUGGAGGCUACCCUGCCCCUGGAGGUUAUCCAGCCCCGGGGAGCUAUCAUGGUGCUCCACAGCCAGGAGGGGCCCCAUCCUAUCCUGGAGGCCAGGGAUUUGGAGCCCCAGGUGGAGCAGGCUUUUCUGGCUACCCACAGCCACUAGCACAGUCGUACGGCAGUGGCCCGGCACAGAUCCCCAUACCAGGUGGCUUUCCUGGAGGGCAGAUGCCUUCUCAGUAUCCUGGAGGACAGGUCUCCUACCCUAAUCAGAUCCAUACAGAAUCCUUUCCUUCCUAUCCUGUUUUCUCUCCUGUUUCUUUGGAUGAUAGCAGUGAACCUGCUGCAAUGAUUCAGGGCACUCAAGGAACAAUCCAACCAGCUGCUAACUUUGACGCCUUGAAAGAUGCAGAAAUUCUCCGAAAAGCGAUGAAGGGUUUUGGGACAGACGAACAGGCAAUUAUAGAUGUUGUAGCCAACCGUUCCAACGAUCAAAGGCAAAAAAUUAAAGCAGCUUUUAAGACCAUGUAUGGCAAGGAUUUAAUCAAAGAUCUGAAAUCCGAGUUAAGUGGAAAUAUGGAAGAACUGAUCCUUGCUCUGUUUAUGCCAUCUACGUAUUAUGAUGCCUGGAGUUUACGGAAUGCAAUGAAGGGAGCAGGAACUCAGGAAUGUGUCUUGAUUGAAAUUUUGUGCUCGAGAACAAAUCAGGAAAUCCGAGAAAUUGUUAGGUGUUAUCAAUCAGAAUUCGGACGAGACCUCGAAAAGGACAUUAGGUCAGAUACAUCAGGGCAUUUUGAACGUUUACUUGUAUCCAUGUGCCAGGGAAACCGUGAUGAGAACCAGAAUGUGAACCAUCAGAUGGCUCAGGAAGAUGCUCAGCGUCUCUAUCAAGCUGGAGAGGGGAGGCUUGGGACGGAUGAAUCUUCCUUUAAUAUGAUUCUUGCCACAAGAAGCUUUCCUCAGCUGAGAGCUACUAUGGAGGCUUAUUCCAGGAUGGCUAAUCGAGAUUUGUUCAGCAGUGUUAGCCGCGAGUUUUCGGGAUAUGUUGAAAGUGGUUUGAAGGCCAUCUUGCAGUGUGCCCUGAACCGCCCUGCCUUCUUUGCUGAGAGACUGUACUACUCCAUGAAAGGCGCCGGCACCGACGACUCCACCCUGGUCAGGAUUGUGGUCACUCGCAGUGAGAUUGAUCUUGUACAAAUAAAACAGAUGUUCUAUCAGAUGUUUCAGAAGACCCUGGGCACAAUGAUUGCAAGUGAUACCAGUGGAGAUUACCGAAGGCUUCUUAUGGCCAUCGUGGGCCAGUAGAAGGGAUUUAAAAAAAAAAAAAAUGGAGCUUUUCAUAGCUUAUUCUUCAAAGCACUGACUGAUCUGCAUGCAGCAAUAUCAACCGUCACCUAACCAAAAAAGCUUCUUACUAAGGACAGUGUCAGGGUAGUGUGCUCAGUUUGCACAUAUUGUUAUUGCCUUAAUUCUAAAGUUAUUUUUUUCUCUACAUACAAUCAAUGUAAAGCCACAUCACAAUGAUGUAGUAAUAAUGCAGUGUUUGUAAAGCAUAAUUCUUAAUCAAGAUGUCAAAUUGAACAAAAAUCAUGCCAAUAUCUAUUUCUGUGUAAUAAUAUUGAAUUGAAGAAAAAAAGGUCACUGAAAGCUCUGCCUUGCAUAGUCCUAUUCCGUCUGUUGGACAGUAUAGUUGGUAGUGUGCCAAAAUUAUUAUUAUUUUUUUAAAUUUAACUCUUUUGACCUAGGAGAAUACUUUGCAUCUCAUUUUGCAUAAGUUGGUGUUCGGUAUUCUUAAAUACUUAACUUUCCUUGGAGAAACUAGAUUAGUGUUACCUAUAGCAACUUUUAAAAAGGGGAUUAAAAUGUCCUUAUAUGCAUAAAAUAUGUGGCCUACUUUUAUGCCUAUUAAAACUCUAAAGGUCUUUUUUGGCCCUUGAGUUUUUAAAAUGUGUAUUUUUAAAUGUAUCUUUUAAAAUAUAUAUUUUAAAUGUGUAUUUUUAGACUGUAAAAUUAGUCAUUUAAUCACAAUCUAAGGAAGUGAAACUUGAUACAUAAUAGGUGGUGCUCAAUUAGUGACAAAGUGAUUGAGUAUUAAAGCAUCUCCCUGGAAUAAUUGAAUGCUGGCUGUUUGGAGGAGUAGUCUAGGAGCCCAGUUAGUGGCAGGUACUGCAGGGGGAUUUCUAAACCCAUUGGUUUAUCUUCAGUGCCGAGGAAUUCUUUAUUGAGUAUUUGGAGCAUUACACAGUGUAGUUAGGGGAAUUCCAAAGGAAGGAGGUUUGUAAUCUAGUGGGGAUUCUAAAUAAAAAUUAGGAUACAAAGUUAGAUUAUAAAUUCUGCCAAGGAUAGGAAUCUUAUCUAUUGUAGCACAGGGCUUCCUAGCACAAAGCAGAUACUUAAUAAAGAUUUAGCGACUGCUUGUACUAAAAAUUGAGGGGAAGAUUAGUAAAUAUCAGUAGUAAUUCAGUAAAUACUUGUUUUAUAUAAGUACUGACGGGUAUGUAAAGUGGUAUAAGAUACAACCUUGUCCUUAGGAAGAGAGAGCUGUAGUGCAAGGCAAAAGCAAGAUAAAUGAGUAGAAGGAAGAUGUGCUAAGGAUAGAUGUUAUAAAUUUUUAAAAACUUCCAUUGAAAAAGUUAAGCUUUGAUCUGUGUUUUGAAAAAGUAAAUGAUGGGAUUUGGUAAAGACGAGAAGAGCGUAAAAUACUAAGGGAAAAGGAAAGAUGAUCAUUACAUUUUUUUAAAACUAUAUUUAAUUUUUUAAACUUCAAAAAAAUUUUUAAUUAAGAUAUUCAUAUACCAUAAAAUUCACCCUUUAAAAAGUACGUAAUUCAGUAGUUUUUAGUUUAUUCACAAAGCUGUGCCCCACUGUCUAAUUCCAUAAUGUUUUCAUCCUCCUCAAAGGAAACCCCAUACCCAUUAGCAGUUGAUCCCUAUUUCUCCAUGCCCCCAGGCCCUGGCAACUACAAAUCUGUGUUCCAGCUCUAUGGAUUUGCCUAUUCUGGACUUGUCAUAUGAAUGGAAUCAUACAAUAUGUGGCCCUUGGUAUCUGAAUUCUUUCAGUUAGCAUAAAGUUAUGGAGGUUUAUCCAUGUCAUUGCAGGAAUCAGUACUACAGUCCUUUUAUUGUAAAUUUCACAUAGCCUAAAAUUCACCAUUUUAACCAUUUUAAAGUGUAACAAUUCAGUGGCAUUUAGUACUCUCAAAAUGUUGUGUCACCAUCACCAGUAUCCAGUUCCAGAGCAUUUUCAUCACCCUAAAAGGAAACCCUGUGCCUUUUAAGAAGGCAAUCCCCAUUCCCACCUUCCCUCAGCCCUUGACAACUGCUAACUGUGUUAUGUACGUCUCUAUGGGUUUGCCUCUUCUGUAUAUUUCAUGUAAGUGGAAUCAUGCAAUAUGUGGUCUUUUGUAUCUGACUUAAUUCACUUAGCAAAAUGUUUUCUAGGUCAUCCAUGCUGUACCAUGUAUCAGCACUUCAUUCCUUUUUGUGGUUGAAUAAUCUUCCAUUGUAUGGCUAUACCAAAUUUUGCUUAUCUGUUCAUCAUUUAAUGGACAUCUGGAUUGUUUCCACUUUUUAGCUAUUGUGAAUAAUGCCGCUAUGUACAUUUGUGCACAAAAUUUGGCAUGGAGAUAUUUUUAGUUCUCUUUGAAAUAUAGAUGUAGGAGUGGAGUUGCUGGAUCAUAUGGUAACUUGAUGUUUCAAGUUUCAAGAAACAGCCAAAGUAGCUGCACCAUUUUAUAAUGCCACCAGCAAUGGAUGAGGUUUCCAUUUUUCCUCAUCCUCAUCAGCACUUAUUAUUGUCUGUCUUUGAUUAGAGUUAUUCUAGUGGACGUGAAACAGCAUCUGAUUGUGGUAUUGAUUUGUAUUUCCCUAAUGACUAUUGAAAUUGAGCAUCUUUUCAUGUGCUAUUGUCUAUUUUCAUAUUUUCUUUGGAUAAAGGUAUAUUUAAAUCCUU